AACCUUACGGGCGAGCCAUUUCCACAAAACCCUCCCACCCACCUCCAACAAAUCAACAUGUCGCAGAACGACUCCGCCGCCUGGCCCGUCGCCGACGCCGCCCUCACCCAGAACAUCCUCGAUCUGGUCCAGCAGGCCUCCCACUACCGUCAGUUGAAGAAGGGCGCCAACGAGGCCACCAAGACCCUCAACCGUGGUGUCGCUGAAGUCGUCAUCCUCGCCGCCGACACCGCUCCUCUUGCCAUCCUCCUCCACAUCCCUCUUCUCUGCGAGGACAAGAACGUCGCAUACAUCUACGUUCCCUCCAAGAUGGCCCUCGGUCGCGCCUGCGGUGUCUCCCGCGCCGUCAUCGCCGCUUCCAUCACCACAAACGAGGCUUCCGACCUCAUGGGCCAGAUCCGCGCUCUCAAGGACAAGGUCGAGAGACUGAUGAUCUAAGCUUUUCCUUCCUCCACUCUUCCACCGCGAUCAAGCAGAAACUGAAGGAUUUGCACACAAGGACAACGCAAACAAUGAUGGAUGAAGAGCCUUUUGGGAUAUCAUAGGGCGGCGUGCCUUUAAUUAGGUUUUCCUCGCCGAUAUUUCUAGAUGUUAGCUUUUGAGCAGAUGAAUGUGAAAAGCUUCUACCAA